UGAUUGUUUAUGUUCAGUGUAAGAGCUUCAUCCUGGACACAUCAGUUUGUUAUUAAUGCUGUUUAUGCUUCAAUUUUAGAACACUGAGGAUAAUAGCAUACUGUUGUGUGGAUUGUGUAGCAAAGCUGGAGAAUGACUUUUCUCAAUCUGUAGCCUUGGCGGUCAGAAGGAUGAGUCUCGUGCUGCUUCUUGCUGCUCCAGGUUCAUCCCUUUUGACCACCAGCAUGACACCACCAUGUUGGCAGACUGGAUAUGGACGAAACUUCUUAAUGAGGAAGAAGAAGAAAAAUGAGUGGUGCUCCUUCCUUCCUGCAUAUAAUUCUGUGACUGCUUAUUGUUUAUCUCUUGCUUCAUUUUCUUUGUACUGCUUAAACUGUUACACAACAAUACAACACUCCUGGGAUAUUUUAUUCGUGUUGUAAACUUUUCUGAAGUGAUAUUUUCAGAAUUACAUGGAGAAGAUUGUAAUUGUUGUUAGUGACUAAAGCCCUUGUAGGGCUGAAUGAAGUGAAAAAUCCAGUUCAAAAUAGAAAAUGGAAAAAACAAAGAAUUGUCAUUUAAAUUCUUAUAGUGCAACAAACCGCAAGUUUAGCAAGUACUUCAAAACAAAAGUGGAAUAAAAAGAAAAAGGAAAAUCUGUGAGAGAUGCAAGGAGCUAGGCAUAAAUCCAGAAGCCCAAAAUCAGAUAUAGAAGGUGAAUUAACUUUUGAAGCAUCAGUUAUGAGUGACAAACCUAAAUCACCAAACAUGAAGGCACACACGAGGAAAGAUAAGUCUCCCCCGGCUCGUCUUCACUGUUCAUAUUGCAAUGUUUACUUCAGCACCAAGGUGGAGCUGCAGGCUCAUUGCCGCAGUCAGGAUCAUCAGACCACCAUCAUGUCAGAUGAGGGUCGAGAUUGGACUCACCGACCACCUCCCAGGGGAUUGAGUGCGGACGAGUACACUCUCUGUGCCACUUACAAAGACACACACACUUGUCGCCUAGGGGAUCAGUGUGUCGAAGCCCACAGUGAUGCCGAACUAGUUGAGUGGCAGGAACGCUUUGAAUACCGGGCUAUGAAACUUGAGCGAGCGAGGGAGAAACAACUGCAUGGUGCUUCCUAUGCUGAUCUGCUUCUGGAGAGACUUUCCCAGACACAACAUCAUGAUGCUCUACUCUCUGAAAAGAGUGAGGGCAUCAUAACCAACAUCAGCAUGGAACCCAACCUACGUGUGUCGCAAAAGCCAAGCAGCCAUGAGUGGGUCAUCAGUCUACAUCCCGUUACACCCCUGCGGGUAGUGUCUCUACUUCAUGAUGCCCAUCGAACACACUUCACAAUUUCGGAGGUUACUCGCAUAGAUAAUCAUCGCCACAUUCAUAAAUCAUGUGAACCGGAGAAUAAUCAGGAGUGGGUGAACACUGAUGCUGAAGCUUUGGUUUAUCAAGAGCAGUCAGUUCAUGAAUAUAAAGUAACUAUCAGUUUUAGAACCAUGAUCUAUGGAACUUUCCGUCAAGCUGUUAUAUUUGAUUUUGACAGUGAACCAGUUCUUAUGCAACGGUUAUGUGUGGAUGUCAUUCCUGUUGAGGAUCUUAGUGCUCUUGAGGAAACCAAGCGCACAAUUCUGACUAGAAGUGAGAGAUGGUGUGAAGAAAAUGUUGAAAUUAUUCCAUUUUAUCCUAAACCUCAUGAAUUGAGUGACCAUGAUAAGAGUAUUUUGGCUGCCUAUCCAGCUCCAACAAAUGAAAACUUUGUUUUGACACAGACGUCAAUGGAAAAAUUUCCCACAAAAAGCAACUAUCAAAGCAGAUUGCAUGACCUUUUAAACAUUGAGGAGUUGGCUCAAUUUGAUCUAGUGGCAAGGUUUAACAUUAAAACAACACUUCAGAUUACAAGUAGUUAUUUGCUGUUGCCAUCAACUGCAGCAACUGCAAAAUACUCUCGACCAGGAGAACUAUUUGGCAAGUUGGAGGUGUCUUCAGAAAUUUCAGAAGAUUCUCACCAUGGACGAUUAGUUUUAUCAAAUUGUAGCACUAUCCUUGUGGCUCCUGUUACUGACACACGAGAAGCAGGAGGUAAAGCAACUUCACAGGGUUCAACUUUAUCAUCUGAAUCUGGGAAAGAUGUUGGGGGAAAAGAUUUGACUAAAGCAAAACGUCGAAUUUAUGAAGUCCUCAUUGAAGACAAAACUAAAAAGGAGAUCUACCUCAGAUUUUCUGAAUCGGCUGUUUCUGCUCUUCGUCUUACCGAUGAUGAGGAAGUGACAGUUGAAGUACAGUUCCAGCUGAACCGUUUGCCACUGUGUGAGAUGCAUGCUGCCCUAGAUCGUCUCCCAUCCUUAGAUAUGAUAUUCCCAGAUGUCACCUUGGAACCUGCAAUACCAUGGAACCCAAUAAAUGAUAUGUGCUGUUCCCACAGGCAGUGGGGGGAGAGUCUGGAUGCAAAAUUGAAUCCCAAACAGAAGGAAGCUUUAGUAGCCAUUACCGCACCCACUGGCCUUGUUUUACCACCUAUAUUGAUUAUUGGGCCUUAUGGGACAGGAAAAACUUAUACAUUGGCUCAGGGCAUCAAACAAAUCCUGCAGGAAUCUGACACACGCAUCCUGAUCUGCACUCAUUCCAACAGUGCUGCAGAUUUAUACAUCAAGGAAUACCUUCACCCAUAUGUAAUGGCAGGGCAUAAAGAGGCAAAACCUUUACGUAUUUAUUAUCGCAAUCGCUGGGUCACAACUGUCCACACUGAUGUUCAAAAGUAUUGCUUGAUAGAGAAUGACCAGAGUGUGAGAAAGUUUUUAAUGCCAAGUGAAGAGGAGAUUCUCUCCCAUCGAGUUAUAGUAGCAACACUUAAUACCUCUCGUUAUUUAGCAUCACUCAAGUUGGAGAAAGGUGUAUUUACUCACAUUCUCAUAGAUGAGGCAGCUCAAGCUAUGGAGUGUGAGGCCCUCACACCACUGGCUUUAGCAAAGCCUGACACUCGUCUUGUAUUGGCAGGGGAUUACAUGCAGCUUAGUCCAGAGGUUUUCUCUAAGUUUUGUGAAGAGCGAGGUCUUGGUACUUCUCUUCUAGAGCGUUUGUAUGAUCUUUAUGCUGCAGACUCCCCAUGCAAAAUAAUGCUUGUAGAAAAUUAUCGCUCACACUCAGCCAUUAUAAAGUACACCUCAGAUUUGUUCUAUGAGGGUCGUCUCGUAGCAAGUGGGAAACAAACUGCCCAUCCAAAGUUCCAUCCUCUUACAUUUUUUACAGCCAGGGGAGAAGACUUUCAGGAUCCUAACUCGACAGCAUUUCACAAUAAUUCUGAGGUGUACGAGGUGUGUGAACAGGUGGGAGAAAUCAUCAACCAUUGGCCAAAGAGAGAAUGGGGUCCAGUUGGUGAGACUUCCAUAGGGGUUGUAACACCGUAUGCUGAUCAGAUGGUUCGCAUUAGAGCCGAGUUAAGGAAACGCAAACUAUAUAAAAUCAAUGUGGAAAGGGUUCUUAAUGUACAAGGGAAGCAAUUCAGAGUGAUCAUCCUUUCGACUGUCCGCACACGCCACACUUGCAAAGCAGGUGAUGAGGGACUUGAUUUUGGUUUCCUCUCAAAUGCCAAGCUGUUAACCACUGCCAUUACCCGAGCUCAGAGUUUGGUUGCUGUUGUAGGAGACCCAGUUUCCCUCUGCUCAGUUGGAAAAUGCAGAAAACUAUGGGAAAGAUUUCUGCAAUUGUGUUCUGAGGCUGGUUCCUUAUAUGGCAUCUCCUGGUCUGCUUUGCGGGGACAGCUGGAUGGUGUCGAAUUCAAGAAAACUUAUGUGUUGAACCCAUUAGCGCCAGAGUUUAUUCCUCGUUAUCUUUAUUAUUCUCCACUACCACCACUACCAGUAGUGCCAGCUAUACCACCUUAUGUUGGCAUGUACCAUUCAUAUAAUUCCUACAUCCCCACCUACCCUAUCCACCCUGUUAUGGGACCUCAAGCAUUACCUUACAUUCACCAAGCACCUAUGCCUCCUCAGUGGUCUCCAGUGCAUUAUAACCCAGCUCCCAAGACACAAAUAGCCAGACCCCAACCUGGUAGGCUUGGUCAACCUCUAAUUGCGUCCCAUUCUUUACGUCCAACCGUGGUCACAGCAGCACCUGCACCUUACAUGGAUCCACAUGGGUAUGAUUAUUCACUGCAUCCGGGAGUUUUGCCAGUGUAUCCAUACCAGCCUGGUAAUGUUCCUCACCGCAUUCCACCAAUAAGAAGACCAGCUGAGCUAGACCCAUUCAACCGCAACACAUUCAUGCCAGCACUGCCUGCACCUUAUCAAAACAUGAAACAAGUAGCUCCUCCAAACAUAUUGACCCAGCCUCCUGGAAUGCGAUGUACUCGCUUUGGUCGUUCUAUAGCUGUUCCUACACCCCAGCUUGGUAGGGUAACAGCACAGAGUGAAGGAGAAAAAUCAUUCCAAUUCUUGAACAAUGUGCAUUUUCCAGAACGGCAGCUUUCAUCCAAUCCAUCAUCUAUAAUUUCACAGUCAACACGCUCUCGAGGACAGACUGAAUCACCACUGUCAACACAUUCCAGAGAAAGUUCUCACUCCAGUACUAGUGAUGGUCAAGCUUCUACGCAGUCACAGGCACAACAUCGUCUUGUGGUUAAUCAGCUAAAUCAGCCACAGAAUGAGUUGCAGUCUCGUGUACUGGCACAUAUGAGACAGCCGCCUAUACUUCAGGUGCAUCCCCAAUCCAAUGGUAAUGUUGGAUCUGAGGACUCCACUCUCCCAGCUCCUGAAGUUCCAGAUGUCGUACGGAUUAUUGAUGAGCUCAUUGGUGACCAUUCUCCCACCAAGACUCCUAACCAGUGGAAUGCAAGUGAAUCAGACAUGGAAAGCAGGGUACCGGUAGAUCCCAUUCAAGGUAUGUGUCGACCACCACUAGAUUCUUGGUCAGGAAAUCCAGUUUGUGUUAUGAGACCCCCAAAUCCAAAUUUCCGUCAUCAUGGUACAAAUCCUUGGUCCAUAAACCCUGCUAAUGUAGGAAAAAUAGUGACUGUGCAAGAAUUGGAGGCCUCUUUACACAGUCGGCAUCAGAACCACGGUGUCAACUUCUCGGGUUCUGUGGUCUCUCGGGCGCCAGGAGGACCGGGAGGACCUGCAUUCACCAAUAGAGAAACUGAGAAACCAGUGGCAAAUAGAGAAAGAGAAGAGACAGUUGUUAGGGAAAGGGGAGAAAUUCCACCACCCCCUGGAUUUAGUGGAUUAAAUAGAUUAGUGGAUCCCAUGGCACAGUUAGAUCUUAGAGAUGUUAAUCCAAUUGGUUAUCGAACUCCCAGCCUUCCGCUAUAUCUAAGACGUGGCAGCCGAGAGACUUCAACUGGUAGUGUCCGAAACUCUCCUCACAAUUCACAGUCAGUAAACUCGGCUUCAUCUACGUGGCACUCUAGUGGUGAUAAUAUAAAUCCUUCUGUAUCUUCACAUGGAGAAUUUGGUCUGAAAAAUAUAUCGAGUUCUCUUGGAUUAUCGCAAUCAGGUGCAUAUAAUGAUGCACACAACAGCCAAGACAAUAAAACUUAUGCUGGUGUUUUACGGUCUUCACUUCAGCCAUCGGGUACAGAUAAAAGAGAUGAUUCAGGUUUUUCUCUAAAGGAUUUAACAGAGAAAAAAAUGUAUACAUCAAAUAAUCAUCUCUACCAGUAUUUUCCCUAAUAUUGUUGUGCAUUAAAGCACAAGGUACAAUUUUGCCAUUCUUCUAUGAUGUUUUUACUGUCAGUAUUUAUUUAGGUAUUACAGGAAAUGCAUGAAGCAUAUUUUAUACUAAUUACAUUUAGCUGUAUUUAGAUGCAUGAUAAUAGCUGCAAGUGACCAGAAUUCAUUCAUUAGAUAAAAUGUAUUUGUUAGGAAAUAAAAGUACAAAAAAAAGUGUGAAUAGUGUGUAAAAAUAUUUGUCAGAAUACAGUAAUUUAUUGUGUAAACUGACAUAUUUAAGAAACAUUUUAUAUCUGGGGACAUGAUGUGUCACCUGUCACUUCAAUUUAUUUAAUAAUUGUAAUUGAUUUUAUUAAGAUUUUGUUAUUAUACUAUGUUAAAUCUUGAGUUUACUUUUUAAUGUGAUGAUAAAUUUCAAAUGUCAAAAACUUCAUAAAAUUAGCACUGCUCAACCUUAAGGAGAAAAUUUUAGAUAUUUAUUGUGAGUUUCCUUAAAAGUUUGUACCUGAUGUUAUCUCCCCUUUAACUUAUCAUCCUGGGACCAGUAUACUAAUACAGUAAUUAUUUUAUUCAGAAAACUUAUUGGGGUGUACAGUAUAGUAGUAAUUAUUCUGUUGCAGUUAAUUGGAGUAUAUCAGUAUUUAGUUAUGAUUGACACAAUUAUUAACAUUUCAGUAAACAUAAAAAGCCAUUCUGGUUUGGAUGUGAUAUGAAUUUGGGGCUUUUUUUUUAUCAGCAUGAAGCAUUUGAAGAAUAUAAAUAUUACACUCGUAUUAUUCUGAACUGAUUUACUAUAUAACCUUGUGCACUCCAUGUACUGUUUUUUAUUUCUCUUGUAUAAUUAUAAUUGACAAAAAUACAAAUUUGGUUAAUGACUAAAUUUAAUAUUUUUACUUCUUGAAGAUUAUUUUAUGGUAACCUGUCUCUAUUAAUCAUAGAAAGUCUGUUUUGAGAGUUAUUGAUUUUAAAGAAUAGGUUUAUUGUAUUUAAAAAGAUUUGGUUCAUGCAUUUGGAGGAUAUUGGUUUUAUUUUGAAUUUAAUGGUUAUUGUAAACAAUCCGAGGAAAUAUAUAGUUUUAACUGUCAUUGAAAAGUCACGAAUGUAACAUGCAGUGUUGUGAGUUGUAGAAUUUGAUCCAUCCAGGUGCUUAUUAAUUUACAAACAUAGGUCUGUUUAUUUAGUAAGAGAUAUUGUUUUAGUGGUGCAACAGUAGUUCAAGACCUCUCCCAUUUAAGGUACAGUACAGUGGCCCAAAACAAUAGAAAAUACACAAGCAUGUUUUCCCUUUACUCAUUAUCAUUCAUACUUCUGUAAAAGAUGUGGAUGUUAUUUUACCAUUCUUGCAUACAUGAACUAACUAUUUUAAAGACUUUAUUGUACAGAAAGAAAGUUACUCCUUUCCUCAUUAAUAGCCCAUAUCCAGCCUCGGAAUUACAGUUUAAGUAUUUUGGGAUUUCCAUACUUUUCUUAAUCCUACCUAAAUUAAGAAAUACAUUUUCUAAACUAAGAAAUAUUCUAAGAAUGUUAGGUAGUUAGGUUAGGUUUGUUAGAAUCAACUCAUAUUUGACAAAUAGUUUAAUUUUGUGGUCUGGUGGCUGCUGUAUUUAUGCAAAUAAUAUCAUGUUUCAGUGUUAGUUUUAUUUUCAUUAUAAAAUGUUUGAAAAAUUACAAUCUUAAUAUUUCUAUUUUAAUUUAAUAACUAAAUGCUUAGAUAAGUUAACACAUAUUAAAGAAAACUCAUGAUUAGUGGCAUCUCAAUUGCAGUAACAACACAUUAAGUAGGGUGUCACUUGAACUACCCCACAAACUAAAAUUUUUGUGCAGUGCAUAUGGUCUAGUCUUGAGGUAAAGAACAACUUAUCUUCUAUACUUUAAAGUCUAUAUAAUAACUAGGUGUGCAUGAAGGGUAAUAUAUUACUGGUAUCAAGACAUGUUCUACUGUGGUACUCCCUUCCAUAGCCUCAAAGUUGUUUUUCCUAUCAUUCCAAACAAGCUUGUAUCACCCAUCAUUAAAGAUAGUCACCAUUCAAAUUGUUCUCCAUAAAGAAUGUGAUUAUGUGAAAAUAUUAUCAGGAAAUCACAAAUUAUCAGAACUACAGAUACCAAGACGUUUUUUAAUUUUAGUUUGUCCAAUAGAAGUAUGAAAUUUGUGUUUAAUGACUGCCACUUCUAAUUCUCUUACAUAAAGUCUUCUAAGAUAUCUGCAUUUAUUUAUUUAUUUUUUAAAUUGUUGGAAAGCCAACUUUUGGUUGAUAUACUGUAGUGAAUAAUUUUAGUUUAUCCUGAAAGAACAACUUUUGAAUCUCUGUUUGAAGUUUAGAAGAGAAUCUUGCCAUUAAUAUUUGCAAACAUCUUUUAGCAAGUGAUGAUUGUGCCAUAUCCAUAUGUUUUUACAGGUCAUGUUAUAUUUCCUGGUAUUAACUGAUCAUUUGUCCUGGAAUAUGUACCACGCAGUAUCACUCUUGCUUGAGGCAGAUUCUUCAUAUGUGAUCCUUUUGGGAUUCUUUUAGAUCCAGUUAGGGUUAUUUUAUUUUCUCAUUUUAUUAUGUAAUAUCUUUUAAGGUGCAAAUAGAAUUUUAUUCAUUCUUGUCUUUUAUCUUGAGUGUGGUUGCAUUUAGCUUGUUGACAUAAAUUUUUAAUUUAUGUACUGUACCGGGUAAUCCUAUUUUAUUCAUCAUUAAGUAAUCAUAAUAGUUUUAUUUAUUCUGGAUCUGAGUAUUUCUUUAAGGUCCUUACAUUAUUUUUUUUCCUUUUGUAAUUUAAUAGCUUAAGCACUUCUUGGGUGACUCCAGUUAGAAUUCAAUGUCACAGGGUUGAAAAACAAGGAUCUGGAGCACUGAUGUGUGUGACUCGCACUAAAUAGACACGGCUAUUUAGCUAACCAAUUCAGAAAAUAAACCUCAAAAUGGUACAAAUUGGAAGUAUUAAUUUACCUGAAAUUUGAUGGCAUGGAAGUCUUACCACUACCCAUUUAGGAAUGCUUUGUGAUCGUCAUAUAUGCAGCUAUAAUGCCGUAACCCUUCACUAGUUUCCAUUUCUGGUUUCCAAUGAGUACUUAACACUGGUUUAUGAUGUCUGAGAAGAUUACUGUGACAAAAGAUUGUCCACUACAUCCUUCCCAUGUUUUCUCUAUUCUCAGUUAUCCUUUUCCUUGUUCCUUAUUUGCUCAUAUUUACAUAGUGGGUAUUACUGAUAUGUACUUGUUAGCUCUGCAAAUCUUUUUUCUAAUUUCACUGUGUCAUAUACCAUAAAGGCUCCUUUUAAUUUGAUGUGGUUGAACAGACACUGAAAUGUUCUAAGUAGUGACUGAGGUUGAUAUGGUAUGGUUAUUGCAAAUCUUAAGGGGACUCAUUACUGCUUUACUUGCAGUGGGCAAUACAGGGGGUCCUCGUUAUCCGUGGUUAAUUGGUACCAGAAAAAUGCCUCUGAUAACGAAUCCCAUCUUCUUUUGCCUAAUCACUUCUAAUUUUACAUCUAUACUAUAGCUAAUGUGCUUCCUUUUGAGUGCUGCACCACCCUGUUUGGGUUGGGAACUCAUGGCUACAAAAAUGAUAAAAUAAUUCACCACAACAUACAUGAAAAGAUACAACAAAGGCAGGAGUAAACACAACACAGCACUGGUCUGGACGAAACAAAGUGGGAGAUUGGAGCAGGGACACGUGUGUGCAUGCAUGACGCCAGGAAGAGGAUGAAAUUUCAAACUCUUCAUCUAAAAAUCUGUAGAUUUUAUCCAGAGUUUUCGGAGUUUUUAAGUGGAAUCUUCUUAAAUGCGGGGACUUUUUACGUGGAUGGUCAUAAAAAGUUGACCACUUAACUGCGAAACUGCGGAUAAUGAAUACCCUUAUAACGAGGACCUCCUGUGCACAUUUUGCCUAAGUAGAGGUAUAAUCCAUUUUUGUAAAUCUAUUCCCACUUUGCCUGCUAGUAAUUGUUGUUUGCCUGUUUUUUAGUUCAGAAGAUUGCCAGUAACUGUUGUUUAUAAUAUCUGUUGGAGAUUUUCAAUGCAUCGUCUAUUUGAAUGUUUGAAAAUAUCUGAGUUUUCUAAUGUCUCAUUUGAAAUAAUGACAUCUUAGAAUUUAAUUAAUAUUAUCUGUGCCAAACACCAGUAGUACUUACAGUACUUUGUUUGAUUUUUUUAUUGCAUUGGGAUACACUGUACUCAUUUAAGGCUAAGUUUUCUAUACAGAAGGAGAAUAAAUACAAUUUAUAUUUUAGUCUAGUUAAUUUAGUGGCUCGGAUGGCAAUGGAUAAAGUUGGACUGAAGAUGUAAACUUUCAAUACCAGAUGCCUUCUUCCUCGUUCAUUAGUCAUCUCCCAGUAUAUAGGAUAUGAGUUGCACUUUUAUGUGGAGUUUUUGUUCACCUCCAUUCCCCCUGUUUCUUGCAUGCUUUGGGUAACUGGAAUCACCUAAGAUGUGCUUAGGCUAUGAAUAGGGGAUUGACACUGAAAUCCCAGUUUAAAGCUGAGCACACAUCAGGUAACUCAUAUUCUCUCCCAGCUCCCCUAGAAAUACUCAAAUGUGGUAACCUUGGGUCUUAUGGCUAUUGCUGAACAAUGGUAAGACUAAACAUUCAGUCUGUUGGUAAACUAAUUCUUCCAAUUAUCAUCCUCUUGGGUCCCGUGAUUGCUUUAGAGAAGGAUGACUGCUUCAGGAUUUAUUAUUUGGAUUAGUUGGUUAAAUAUGCAUAUCUAAUUUGCACUAGUCAUUUCGGGGCUCAAUCAUAGGCUUUCAACACUGAACUGGAAUUGGAAUUGCUUGCUCUGUACUUGGCCAUAAAUUGGGGUUUCAGAUUCAAUCCCUUAUUUAUGACUUACGGUACAUAUGGUGAAGUUCUUUAUGACCUCUCACAUUAGAUUUUUGUCACAAUUUAUCAAGAAUCGAGGAAUAAAGUAAGUUAUCAAGUUGUUGGAUUGAUCUGAACUGUGUUUGGUGACCUCUCUGUAUGGUCAUGUUAAGUUUCUGGAUGGUUGAUGGCUGCCCCUGUUUAAUUAAACCAUGCAUUAGAUUUGAUCUUUGACUACAGCCACUCAGAAACCUCAGUUAUGUACUGUAUAUUGGAAUAGCAGGAAAAAGGAAGUGGAUGGCCGUAACUUAAGGAUGCUAGUCCUAGAAUAAUAUACAUAUCCUUUAAAAACCUUUAUUAUUCAUGGUUAACAAGGCAAAAAUAUGAAUGAAAAUACUUUGCAAAAAAAUUUUCUCCAUAGAUUAGGUCAUACACAUGAUAUCUUCUGAAAAGAAACCAAAGCUUAAUUGCUAAACUUCCACAGGACAAAUGGUUGUGACUUGUGAAUCUCAAAGAAAUCUUUUUUGCUUUCCCCAUCUUUGGGUGAAGAAGCUCUUCCUUGUUUUGUAAGCAGUAAAUAGUAAAAGGGAAGGAGAAAAAUUAUCAUUGAAUGUUCUGAAUGCUCUAUUGUUUCAGUACCAUAUACCAUAUAUGAAUAAAACCAAUGUCUGUUGAACCAAUGCAUUUUAUCAAUUGAGGAUGUGUUUUAUGGUUUAAUGGAUACAGGUCCUAGUUAAGAAUAAACUGUGGUACAUGAAUAAUAUUUCAUGUUAAAAACACAUAGGACUCAGCAGAUUAUGUUUAAUUCCUGGGCCUGACAGAUUACUCAUGGGACUCUAGUUAAGCCCAGCAUGUGGUUAUCCAGGGACCUGAGUUUGUACAGUUAAUCAAAAAACUAUCCUAACAAAAUUGUGUUCAACAAUUUUACACAUCGGGCGAAGGAUUUUGACAACCCAACCGAGACAACAGGUAGUUUUUUGAUUGACUGUACAUGCAAGGGAAACAACAACUGCAUACAGAAUGGAAGUAGCAUAAAGGAUAUCAGUGGUUUUCAAUCAUUUAUAUGCCCUGCGACGUCUGUAAUAUUAACUUUGGUUUUGGGAUCAUAUGUUUGUGAAUAUAACUAUUAAUUUAAUUAAUUUUUUAUAAUGAUGGCAUAUAUAUUAAUAUUAUCAUAAAAGGGGAGUAGUUGCAUCAUAUGUUUAUGACUUUUACUUAUACGUACACUAUACGUACUGUACUGUACUGUAUUUCAGUUUUCUGGUAUUGAAACAUGUACUGUAUUUUGGUAUUGUAUUUACAUUUUUUUUGUGUGUGUGCAAAUAUGAUGGGAAGAAUGAUGUCAAACUUGAAUUAUUAUCAAUGAAAUUUUUUUAAUGGAUUAUUAUAAAGGGAUUUACAUGUCAGUUUUACGUUUUAGAGUCCAGUAGACUAAAAAAAAUUAAACUUGUUAUCCAGUUAUAUCUUCAAUUAUAUGUUGAAAUAUUUGUAACAUUUUUGAGUCAGGAUGUACUUGCAGUUGACAUGUUGUAUAUUUCUUCAUUUAUGAGGAUAGUUUCUUUUCCCCAUCUUUCAGAAGAUAAUUGUCAAAAAUUCUUGUGUUGUGGUAUGAAGAUUUCCAAAAGUUUUUCUUGUUUAUUGUGGUUCAUUCUACAGGUCUUUAUAUCUCCAGACUCCAGUCAUGUUUAUACUACAACCCCCUGAUUCAGUCAUUAUAUGUGAGCAUUGUAAGUAUUAUUAGUUCCAUAACUUAUCAUGCUUUUAACUUUCUUUUCUGAGUAUGUGAAUGUGGCGUAAUUAAUUUGUUUUUGGUCACAUAAAGGAAUAUAGCAGGGAUACAAAGUUUGCAAGAUACUAUUUUUGGAACCUGUAUAUGUACAGGGUGGUCCAAUUAUAGUGAACCAGUUUCAGGUUGGCAACACUGGGUAAGGGUUUGAGUGGGAGGAAGAAGCGGGGUGGCAGUUGGUGGCAGGUGGCCUUGGAUUCUGAAAGAGAAGGUGUACUCUCAUCGAUUCCACGAUAUUGAUGACCCGAAGGCUAGAAUUCAACAGGAAGCUGAUGCCAUUUCUCCAGAUGUGCUUCGUAGAGUCAUGCACAACUUUCGCCAAUGACUGCAGCAGUGUAUUGCGAAGAGGGGUGCACAUUUGGAUGACAUAACUUUCUAACAUUAAUAACUAUUGUUUCCAAGGGUUUUUAGAAACUUGCAAACUGCUUAAAUACAGAUUUUGUCCAUUUCAUGAAUUUUCAUUUCAUUUUCAACAUGGUUCACUUAAAUUGGACGACCCUGUAUGUAAAGAUGUUUUUGUGUGUCUUUGGGCUUUGAUAUCAGUGUCAUGCCAGCUCUGAACCCCUGCACGUAAAUUUUUACAUGCAAAUUCAGUUUGGUUAGAGUGGUGUGCAGUAUACUGUACCUCUCCAGUACACCUGAAUUUUUGUACAGUUUAAGUUGGCACAAUCAUCUUUCCUAUGAACAUACACACACAGUUUCUUAAUCUAAUAUCAAUACUGUAGUAACUUGGAACCCUUCUUAUAAGCUCUAAAUAUGAAAGAUUACUCAGACUUCUACAAGGUUUCAGGUUAGAUAAUAUAGUGUAUUUUGUCAUUGCAUGAAUUUUCUCAUUUUUAAAUGUUACUGUGAAAGGUUGUAGGAUAUUUUGGCACAUUGGAAUUUGUAUAUAUUGAAUUAUAUGUGAUUGUAAAUGUAGUUUUGGCAAACAUAUAUAGCCCAAGAAACCAAGUAGACAAAAAAAAAAAAAUACAGUAAAAAGAAAGAAAGAAAAAAAAAAGGCCUGGCAGCUUUGCUUAUGAUAACUUUCAUUAGAGGGAUUUUAUAGUAUAAGUGUAAAUAACCAUUUUAUAUUUAGCCAAUUUUAAAUAUUUUUUUUUUUACUUUGGCUCAUUUGAUUAUUUAAUCCUGAUCUUAAAAUUUACAGAGCUUUGAAACGUAAAAUAACUUUUUUCUGCGUUUGAGUGUUGGUGAGUUCUACCUGAUUAUACUUAGAACUACAGUAUACCAAAUAACUUGGCAACCUACUGGCAUGUGGAGAAAUGAGUACUGUACUGUACCAGGUGUUUGCCUUAAUAUGUUAAGGUUAAUGAUUGUCAGGUUUACCAUAAACAGCAGAUAUGUUAAUUUAUCUUAAGAACUUGUAUGAGUUAUGAAGUGAUGAGUAGGUUGUCAAAUGAAGAAGCAAUGGUAUGCUUGCACAUAGACUCCAAAGUUAUUAAAAAUAUUGGUGUUCUUCAAGCUAAUUUUUUAAGAUUUACUAUGGUGUGCAUUGGCUUUACUUUUAUUUAUUUUUUUAUGUAAUUCAGAGUAAAUUAUGUUUUAAGUGGGAUCAGCAUAUAUCCAUUACAUCAUUGGUUUGAUUUUAGUACUGUAGAUAAUUUAUAUGGAUUUUUCAAACAACUUUUCCAAUUUGCAUGAUAGUUGGUAUAUAAGAUAUUUUUGGCUGUAAACGUUUUGAAAAUCUCACGUCCUUGUUUUAUGGUUUCAGUGCCAUUUACAGUAAUUCCCAUACCUUCCAUGAAUUUACCAGGAAUACUUAUACCUUUCGUUAAUAACAUACACCAACUUUUUAAAAUAUCUGUUGCCUCAUACCUAUCACAGUCAGCCCCCAAGGCAAACACAAAAAGUAGGUAAAAAAUCUAAUAUACAAAUUCAGAUUUUCAGUAAGAAAAACAGAUGAGUGCAAUCAUCUGCAUAUUAUUGUAUUUAUUAUAAGUUAAAAAGGCAUAAUACUGUACAAAUAUCUUGCUUCCAGCUGUACAACUAAAAUCAUAUCCAAUGUCUUGUUCAUUGUCUAACUAUAAAGUAUCAUGGUAUAUUGCUGAAGAAGAACUUUACACUGAUUAACCUCUUCUUUAUGUUGAAAUGUCUGGAGCAACUUGGUGACCUAUUAUUUUUCAUGAAGUUAAAAGUGUUGAACUUCCUAGUGAGCCAUUACAUAAACAUUAGAGGAUAUAAUAAUUUCUGUACAGGUACAAUAUGUACAGAUACAGAUGAAUCUGAUUGUGAUAAUGCUAGAACACAAAAAUACAGGUACAGUAUAUUGUAUAAUUUUUAGAUAUUGAUUGAAAACUUUUAUACUUAAAUCCUAAUGGAAAACACACACAUGAAAACCGUGCAGUACUGUAUGCUGAAGAUGAAACAAUGUAUGAAUGAACUUGAUUCAUUUGGAGAGGACUGUUUUUGUUACAUAAUUAUUGUGUUAAUAGCAGACAUGAGGUAUUCUUUGACAUAAGUUUGUGAAAGGUGUGGGAAUUAUUGUAAUGUCAUUUGUCACAUCAAAGGGUUUUACAAUUUAGGUGCUGUGAUGUCAUUGUUUUAUUCUCACAUGAAAUACCAAAAUGAAAACUGUCAUAAUACUUCUGAUAAAGAAAAUGUUUAUUGAUGGAAGUUUAAUGCUGUAAACAAUGUCCUUGAUUGAUAUGGGAAGGUUGGUAAGAUAGGAGGUAUUUGUUUGAGGCUAUUUCUCUGGAUAAAUGUGUUGUGCUCUAGAUAUGAUGUUACUAACUAUUAAGCUUACCGUACUUUGAAAAAUGCAAAGCUCUAAACUGCACAUAGAACUUAUUAGUAGCAAUUUUGUAUAAUAUUUAAAUUUUUUCUUGGCUUUAGAAAAUAUCCUGCCAUAGAAUUUUAACCAUGAUCCUUUUCAAACAUUAUAAUCACUAAUAUCUUUUUACGUAGUAUGUAUAUAUGUAGUUACCAUUUUAAAAAGAAAAAAAAUAUUAAAAUUAGAUCCAUAAUGGACAUCUAUACUAUAUACAGGUGCUCAUCUACUUAAGAACGUUCAACUUACAAACUUUUAGAGAUACAAACAUCAUCACUGAGGGGGGUUACCUGCCAGAACAGGUGUUUAAUGUGGAUGAGACUGGAUUAUUUUGAAGAAAAUUCCAGAUAGAACAAACAUUACCUAAGAGGAGAAGAGUGAGCCAGGUUUUAAGGUUGUAUUAAAGGGUAUAGCUGUACUAAAUAUCCACAAUCUUUUCAUUUUUUACAAUAUGUUUGGUAUCUACAAGAGUAAAGUUGGACUUACAAACAAGCCCCAGGAACGUAAAUCGUUCGUAAGUAGAGGAGCACCUGCGUAGAUAAAAAUGCUUUGAAAAUUCUCUGAGGUAAUAUCAAUGUGUUGUAAGUAAUGCGGUGCAUGAGUAAAUACUGUACUACUGUAUCAUGAUUUUAUCUUUAGAGUAGAUCAUUAUUGUUUUUAUACAAUAGUAUUUAGGAUUGGUGGUAGGUGAUUUGUAGUAUCAUUAGUUGAUGUUUUGCACAAUUAUGAAAUGUUACUGUGGCAUUGUUCUGUUGCUAGUACUGUACGUAUCUUAAAGCUUACAGUUGGAUUAUUGUGCUGCAAAUUGAAUUUCUAUAGAGACUUGAUUGUGUUUUCGACAGCUUCAUAAUACUAUGUAGACGCUAUGACUCAUAGGCUUUUGUUGUUAUACAAUCUCUUAUUUUGAAAAGUCCUUCCAGUAUGCCUACUGUACUAGUCUUACUUUAUUCAGUCAUUAUUCCUUUUUCUGGAGGAUUUUUAACUUAAGUCAGUCUUCUGUCCAUUUAAUGAAUCAUUGCAUUUGAUCCUGAUGGUUUGAGGGUCUUGUUCAGUUAUUUCUAAUUGAAUAUUCAACAGCAGACAGUGAACUUCAGUGAGUAAAGAGGCACAGCUCAUCAAGUUUCAUGUGCCAUGAAUUGAAACUAUUUGCAUUUUUGCUCAUAGUUGUACUGAAAAUCAGUGAAAUAUUAAUUCUUUAAAGAGAUUGUAGCACUGGAUCCAGGAAGAAAACUCAGGCUGCGAUUGCAAGUUUCUUUGUGUGGCGAGGAGAACUGUGCUCAAGCGCGGAGUGAGAGUGAGUGAGUGUUCCGAGGCCUCCCACGAGUAUAUAUACCGGCUGACUGAACGAAGCUGUCUCGGCUCAAGUCUCGAACCAAGUUCAGCCACGUCAGCCAGUCAACUCAACCACAGUUACAACAAAACAACUAGUUACAAUUUCAUGGGCAAUACAAAAAUGUACAAGGCAUCUGUUAAGUUACAUUACAUUACAAUAAUCUAUGACAGUUUAAAUACGAGUAGAGAACUAUGUGUAGUUAUUCUUGAGUCACUACAAGAUCAUACCAGGGCUUCAAAAUUGGCAUGAUUGUGUUUUUGGAAUUUUGUGUUUAUGUUUUUAAACAAAAAGUUCAAGCUUAUGAGUUCAAAGUUGACAUUGAUUUUUAGGUUCACAGACGUAAAGAAUACAUAGGGAUUUGUUUAUCAAAGUAUAUGUAGUGGUGUAAUAGCUUUGUAAAAUAGAAAGAAAUGCUAUGUGAAUAUUUUUGUGUGUGUGUGUGGGGGGUGGGGGGGGGCAAAUAACACUUAUAGUUCAUGAAGUUUGAAGUGUAAUUUUACAACAGGAAACUAGUCUGACUUUGAUUUAAGAUUCAAGAAUGUGACACUCUUGAUAAAUGUAGCAUCUGUGUUAAACUUGAUAUUACUGUUAUUUCUAAUGCCUAUGAGUUUAGAGGAUCUGCUUGCCAUUUUGGACACUGGUAUACCUGGAAUGCAAUUGAGUAUCAAAAAGUUAGACAGUCUAAUGUGUUGCUUUUUUGUGAAGAGUUGAUGAUUCUUUUCUACAAACAUGACUGUGAAAUAUGUGUAAUUUCAAAUUAAUUCUUACUUACUCUAAAUGUCAAAAGUGAUAUGAAUGCUGAAAAGAUUAGUAUUGUGAAGCUGUGUGCUACAAAAUGUUUGUACAGUAUCCUAGUGUAGUAUAAAUGUAUAUUCUUUACAUGCAAUUAUAACAAAAGUUCUAAAAAUAAUACAAACUGCUGUACAUUAUACAUUGUUAAAAAAUAAAUAAAAUGUGUCAGUAUGGUGAUGUACUGGUAUAUAAAAAUAUAUAUAAAAUAUUUGAAUAUUUUCUGUAGUGAUUUAAGAAUAUUCAGUCAAGCAUUAUAUACUGUACAGUACUUUUAAAAAGUGGAAUGGAGUUUGGAAAAUUAUAAAUUAUACAUUCUUCAAAUUCUGUUUACUACUUUAGUAUAGUAAAAGACCCAACAGAGGAGGCCAGAACAUAUUCCAGAAAAGCUGUUGGAACUCCUGAUAUCCUAUAAGUAAACAAUUUGUUUUAUUCACAAUAUCACAAAAUAUUUAUGAUCUAAAUCAAUGUCUUAAGGUUUUCCUAAUGUUUCUGAAAAAUGAUUUUGUGUGUGUGUGUACUGUACUGUAUAGACAAUGAACCUCUGACUUUAGAGUAGGUAGAGGUUGACAUAUUGUGACUAAACUUUAAAGAUAUAAAGGUAGACUCAUAUCUUCAUAGAAACAUACAUUGUCAUGAAGAUAUACAGUACGUAUACAUCUCCAUGAAAGUAUGUGUCCACUGAAAUGUAUAAUUAUGAGAAUUUGUAUAUACAGUAUACCUGUAUGAAUAAGUGUAUCAUCAUAAAAACUGAAUUUUUUCUUGAAUGUUUAUGAUGUGUAUGAAAAAAAAAAAAGAAAAAAAAAAGUAGAAGUUGGAGAUUUUGCAACCAAGGUUUAGAUAGUAUGUAACCCAAAGAAAGUUAUAGAUCAUAUACGGCCACCAUACAACACAGUGGCAAAAAACAUGCAAGAUAUUAUAUAUUUACAGUAAAAGGUAUUAAAAGGUCCAUCUGCUGAAAAAAAAAAGUGAAAAUGUUCGAACAUCAUAUAGUAAAUUGCUUUUGGUGUAGUGCUUUGUAACUUAUGCACUUAGUGUGUUUUUUAUAUACUGUACUGUACUACUGUACUGGUUAUGUAGACAAACUGUAUCUUGCAUAUUAUGACUUAACUGAUACCCUGUACUGUAUAGAAUUGUUGACAGAUACGUAUUCGGAAACUCGGUUUCAUUUAAAAGUGAAAAAAUUACAUAAUGAGGGAAGAAUGGGCUCUUCAUAUUGAUUUAGAGUUGGGGAUUAUUACCACUUUUAUUAUUUCUAAAUCUGUAUUACUAAUUGUUAGGUGGAAUUGAUAUAAGGUUGGAAAGUUUUGGUAAAUUACUGUACCAGAUACAGUAUGUAAAUAUAAUUUUAAGAGAUAAAUAUAGUUACAGUACAACCAAAAUGAACAGAGUUGUGGUGAUUAAAUUUUCUUAAAAAAAAGGGGGGGGGGAGAAUCUAGUAUCAAAUAAUUUUGGUGUUUGAUUCUCAUCUAAAAAAAACAAAAACAUUGUUGAUGUGUAUUUAAUAAAAAAAAAAAACUACUGUACUAUAUAAAUAUUGUAGUGUUCAUGAUAAUUAUGGUAGAGAAUCUUGGAAAAAUAUUUAUGGUAUCUAUUUCUUCUGAUUCUGUUAAAGAUUAACAUAUAUAUGAACAAGAUUGAGGAUUUAGUUUGUUUGAAAUAUUAAUUUUGGGCAAACAAAAAUUCCUGUAAGUCUUAUAGGUCUUAAAAUUUAAAAUUUAUAUUUUUUCACCAACUCUAUUUUCACACUUCUCUGUGAGUCCUUCUUUUCAUCUGGUGGUGGAGUGGUUAUCAUACUGGGCAUUGUGUGACAGAGAUAAGCUGGUACUAGUUGUAUAACCAUAUCCCCACCGGAUUGUCUAUAAAAAUCCAACUAGUUGACAUAUAUCCAGACAAAGAGAGGGGGGGGGGGAAAUAUACAUAUCCUGUGUCAACCUGUCUGUACUAUAGGAUGCCAGACCAAUGUGGCUGACACUGUGUUACUUGUUGGGGUUCACUGUAGAGCUUUGAGCUUUUCAUUCUGCUUUAGUCUUUUGCAGAAAGUAUACAUAUAUAUAAAAAAAAAAAAAGAUAGUAGG